GUUGCAGCCUCAUUUUACUAUCAGCUACUGACAGCAUGGAGGACAGCUCUAUACUAGCUGCUUUCUCAAAUAUUUAUGUCACGAUUUUUGCAUUGUUCUGCUUCAAACUUUUAAUAAAAAUCAGUCUGGCUCUGCUGACCCACUUUUACAUCGUCCAGGGCAAUAAGAAGGAAGCAGCAAGAAUUGCUGAGGAGAUCUAUGGAAUAACUCCAGGUUCAUGGGCAGACAGAUCUCCCUUACAUGAAGCUGCAUUUCAUGGACGUCUAUUGUCUUUAAAAACCCUCAUUGCCCAGGGUUUUAAUGUGAAUAUUGUCACUAUCGAUAGAGUUUCUCCUCUUCACGAAGCUUGCCUUGGAGGCCAUGUAGCCUGUGCUAAAGUGUUGUUGGAGAACGGAGCCAAUGUGAAUUCAGUCACCAUUGAUGGUGUAACACCCUUAUACAAUGCUUGUUGUUCUGGAAGUGCUGCCUGUGUCAAUGUGUUGCUUGAGUACAAAGCAAAGCCACAGCUUGAAUGCCAGUUGCCUUCUCCAAUUCACGAGGCAGCAAAAAGAGGACACAGGGAAUGCAUGGAAAUACUACUUGCACAUGGAGUAAAUAUAGACCAAGAAACAUCCCAGCUUGGGACUCCUCUUUAUGUGGCAUGCAGCUUUCAGAGACCGGAUUGUGUGAAAAAACUCCUUGAGCUUGGAGCAAAUGUUGAAAGAGGAAGAUUACAAGAUACUCCAUUACAUGCUGCUGCACGGAAAUCCAGCGUAAAAGUUGUGGAUUUGCUAAUUGACUAUGGGGCAGAUGUCAAAUGGAGAAAUACUGAAGGAAAAAGGCCAAUAGACCUAGCAGCUCCAAACAGUUCAGUGGAAAAGGCACUGCUAUUAAGAGAAGGUCCUGCGGCUCUCACACAGCUUUGUCGCCUCUGCAUCCGGAAAUGUUUGGGGUCGAUUAAGACUUCACAAAGUGACCAGCUUAGAGCUUCCGAGCGAUUAAAGGAAUUUCUGCUCUAUAGAACUGCUGCUCACUGGAUGUUUUUUGUUUCUCACACUAAUUCUAACAAAUUCUAGAGACUGUUGUUUGUGAAAAUCCCAGGAGAACAUCAGUAA